CUGCUGUUUUGGUUUGCCUAAUACAAAUAGCUGGAGAAUCAACACUGCCGGGAUGACUCUAAACAACCACUCAGUUCUUGUUUUAUAUAUCUUCAAGAUGGAUCCUGCACAUCGGUGUGAGCAAUUGUGUUGGAGUUAUGAGAAGACGUCGACGAAUAGAGACCAUGUUUAGAGAUUUAAUCCUGAGUGUCUUAGUCGGCUUUGUCACGGGUUUCAUCACAACUCAAACCCUCAUGUUGUUCCUAUGGAAACACCACGCCCUCGCAUGCAAAUUAGCUUACUCCAGACACCACCACCAGCCACACGACAUGAUUGGUCGCCUUCGCGGCCUCCAUUCAGAAACGACCAAUAAGAAGCUGCUAUUUGUGGGCGUCAUGACAACGAGAAAGAAUCUGGAAACGAAAGCCAAGGCUAUUUUCGACACGUGGGGACAGCACGUGCCGGGGAGACUGGUGUUUUUCGUGGGAACUGGAGACAGAGUUGCGUCCCCUCUCCCCGUGAUCGAGCUGAGCGACGUCGCCGAUGUUGGCUACCCUUCGCGGUGUUGA